UCUCUCCCCUCAUAAUACUAGCUUAUAUCGGCUUUUUUUGAAAGUUGUGUCAUUCAGACUUGACUCAGUGUCUGAGGUCGGCCUUACAGAGACAAAAACAUUUAACGGCUAAGUGUUCAGCUGAGGUCAGAGGAUGACACAGCACAAAUAGCUGCUUUUUACGGGUCCUGACUCCUCUGUAAGUACGCAAGUUACAAAACGUCGCUCCUCCAAACAGUUGCGUGCCUCCCUGUCACGUGACCGCGUUUCUUGUAGAGCAGCCCGCUUGAAAUAGUUUUUGGAUGCUUGAAAACAGCUGCUUGCAGUUCAGACGCGUCCUCCUCGCUGAUUUUCUCGCUCACUGAUGGCGAUGGAGAAUUUGAAGCAGUUCCUGUUCGCUCUCUCCGCUGCCGGAGCUGUCGGGUUUGUCGCCAUAAUAUUCGUGCUGAGGUGGGUUCUCCACUUUAAGGAAGGCUUAGACUGGAACGGAGGACUGGCUGAAUUCAACUGGCAUCCGGUGCUGGUCGUCACAGGCUUCAUUUUCCUGCAGGGCACAGCCAUAAUUGUCUACAGGCUUCCCUGGACCUGGCAGUGCAGCAAACUCAUGAUGAAGUUCAUCCAUGCAGGCUUGAACUUGACAGCCUUCAUUUUCGCUGUUAUUGCCAUGGUGGCUGUUUUUGACUUUCACAACUCUGCCAAGAUCCCCAACAUGUACAGUUUGCACAGCUGGCUGGGCCUGAUGGCCGUUAUACUGUACGGUCUGCAGCUUGUUCUCGGAGUCGGCCUAUACCUGAUACCAGUUACACCUGUGGCCUGGAGAGCAGCUUGUAUGCCCAUCCAUGUCUACAGUGGUCUUUUUCUUUUCACCAGUAUCAUAGCAGUUGCUCUCAUGGGAAUAACAGAAAAACUUAUCUUUGGCCUGGCCAACCCAAAGUAUAAAGACUCUCCCCCAGAGGCAAUCUUUGUUAAUGUCUUGGGACUCCUCCUGGUGGUUUUCGGGGCCCUUAUUCUCUGGAUUGCCACUCGAGCGUCUUGGAAACGCCCCAGUGACCAGAUUGCACAUUCUCUGCAUACCAACAGGGGAGGUGAGGACAACAGCAAAGCUGGUCCGGCAAUGUCUGAACUGGAAGAUGGAGCCAGUUGUGAGACCGAUGGAGAUGUCAGGAAGAGGAAUAGUAAAUAAAUCAGAGAGCUAGGCUGACAGUUUGUAUCAGGAAUAAAAAAUUCUGUGCAAAAAUCUUCAAAUAACCUCUAAAGUUUCCCAGGAAAUAUCUGUUGAAACAUACCAACAUUAAAAAGUAAAAAGUACUCA